CUGAGUAUCAACUGAGUACAGAGACAGAGAUUGAAGGAAGAGUGUAUUUGUCCGCAAGGAGAUUUCAAACUUUUUCUUCAAGAUGUUCGGAUGGUGUGGAUAUGGUAGUUCUCAAGACAACAGAGAGUUCAACGUUGUGAUCUACGAGAAUGAUUACAAAGAACUAUGUGCGUGGGUGCUGAGAAAACCACACAUUGAAACAGGCGGUGAUCUCUUUGGUUUAUGGGCUAACAAAUACACUGCUGUCAUCCAACUUGUUCUUGGUCCCGGUAAAGGGUGCAGAAGAACUUCAACCUCUUUCUACCAAGAUGUGAACUACUUGGAAAAAGUCGGCACGCAUCUGACACAGAAGGAAGGCAUUUGCCAUAUUGGCGAAUGGCACUCACAUCACCAACUUGGCCUUGCGCGACCAAGCGGGGGAGAUGAAAACACUGUGUGGAACAACAUGCCAACCUACAACCUGACGAGGUUCGUGAUAUUCAUUGCGAACAUAGACCACUGUGGGCAGUCAUACAGCGUCAAUGUUGGUUGCUUUCUGUUUGAGAUCGAUAGCAAUGGAAAACAGCUUCCUGUGCUGCGAGGAAAGUUCAAGAUUCUAAACCAAGAAAGCCCUUUUUUUGGAAAAUCGGAAGUAAUUAAGUUUAAACAAAAAGGAGAAGAAAGCACGAAAGGGGAUGAGUUCAACGUCGGUAUCACAGAUCUAACUCCAACAGAUGGAACGUUUUCCAUUCACAUAAAACAGAAGAAGAGAGUUGGGCAAGGGAACGAACAUGCGCAGAGUAAUCAACCACAAAAGAAGAAACAUAGGACCGAUCCGCAAACCACACAACCGACGACUGCACAAAACCAGGCGGGCAAGCGAAAGAACUCAGAAGCUUCAAGCGUCCCAGGGAAAAAUAACCUUGGAGAUCCGAGAACAAAUGAGGAGGAAGUGGAAAACCAAAAACAACAAAAAGAGAGAAACGAACCACCAGAGCAGGGGGACUUGGAAACCUCUAAUAAAGAGGACAGGAAUAAUCAAAACGGUCCAAAUAAAACAGAUGAGGACGGAGAAGCACUCUCAGAAAAUAAAGAAAACUCGGAUAUGCAAGGAGGCAACAUGAAAGGACAAGAAAACUUUCAAGCCCCCGGAAUUGAACUGAGAGAAAACCAGGACCAACAGUCCCAGCUAAACCAAGAAAACAGCAUUGGUAUCAAGGCUGUUGAUCAGGGAAGUGACAAAGCGCAAAAUCAAUGCGAGCAAGACAGCAAAAAUCAAGGGCAAGAGCAUGAAGGAGGAGGCGGUAAAAUUGAAGAAACAACCCCUGGUACAAGCGUCGACCAUGACAGAGCCAAGAAUCUAGCUUCGAACACUGAGCCAGCAAAUAACUCACCAGCUAUGCCACAGCACAAUCCUGGUGAGAACGAAGGGUCUAAAACCUCUGGAUAUGCAGACAUGGAGAGCAAACAAGGAGAUACCAAAGCUAAUGAAAAUGAAGGAAAAGUACAAAAAGAAGAAGAGGAAGAGAUGAAAGAAGACGAAAGAGUGGAAAUUCAAGCCCUUAACAUUCAAGAUCAAGUAAACCAGAGUCAAGAGUGUCAGCAAAAUCAUAAAAGAAAAAGUCUCGGCACUAAAGAAGACCCGAAAAAGCUUCAGUCUCCAGCCAUGAAAGGGAAAAAGGCACCGACAACAUCACAAGGCCAGAUGGACGAGAAGGGGGUUUCGCGACCUGACAUAGAGGAAGAAAAAGAAACUCAGAGAGAAACAAAUGGGAAAGAAGUAGCCGCCAAGAACAGUGCAAUAGAGGAAGAAGAAGUCGAAGGAGUACAAAAGAAAGGAAACCCAGCUGCUCACUCAAAAGAACUACAAGGAAACCUCGGCACCAAAACCAAAGACCAUGACAACGGUGAGACGCAGUCUUCAGAGAGAGAGAAACAAGAGAAUAAAACUGAAGUUAAAAACAGCAGCAAUUAUGGAGGAAAACAAUCGAGUGAAAGCCUUGUUAACAAAGGAAAACAGACGCUGGAGAAUACUAAGGAAAGCACCAAACAGGAGAAAAGCCUUGACCCUAAGAAAGGACCAAGUGGCCAAGUGAAAAAAGAAGAAAAGAAAAAGAACCAAACAGAUCUAAACCCAAACAAAAGUCCUGGUACAAAAGGAAAACCAAUACAGGGGGCGGCAGCCGCGUCAUCGGGAAAGAAUAAGCCUCCAAAACAAAUGGCAAACACUAACCCGAAAAAACCUGGAGUAGCAAGAAAGGCAAAGUAAACCGCCACCUGAGGACGAGGCAGGCCGAAUUAAAAGCUUAAGAGCGACAUAUAUUUAGGAAAGUUUCGUUUUUGCAGAAAUUUCAUGUUCUUUUUUUCUAGUAUGUUGACAUUGACGAAUAUUUCAUCUUAAUAGUUUGUUCCGUUUUCUGGGAAUCCUAUAUGAGAAGAAUUUUGAAUAAAUAGGUAAAUGAAUUUAAUAAUCAAAAACGGAACUUUUAGUUUGAAUUUUAUUCUCUAGUAAUUUGUCCAGCCAUUAAAUUGUUUUCUAAAAUUU